UGGCCCUUUAGGAGAGCUGGGGAACUGGAGGGGGGACACUGGCCUUCAAGGACGGGGGGAUUCCCGGGGCCUCCCCGCUGGAUUCUCCCCGCGGGGGAGGAGGGGGUUCCCCGGGGAGGAGGGCGGUGACGGCGGGGGCGGGUGAUGACGCAUGGGAAUCCCCGUGACGUCACGACAGGGGGAUUCCUGCCUCGCUGGGGGAGUGCCCAAGGGUUUAGGGGUCUCGGGGUACGCGGUUAUGACACGGCGGUUUGAGGGGUCUCAGGAGUUCAGGGGGGACCCCCGAACAGGGUCUGGAUGAGACACGGGGAUCUGGGGAAUGCCUGGGCGUUUGGCGGGGUUCUAGGAGUUUUCAGGGCUCCCCGGCAGCCCGGGGACCCCCGAACCCUCCCUUGCACACCCCCAGGUCCCCCGCGCGCCGCUCCGCCCCAGACGGUGAAGCAGCUGCUGAAGGAGCUACGGCAGCAGAAGAGCCGGGAAGGGGCGAGAUCCCCGGUUUUGGCUCUGCCAUCCCCGCGCCCCUCGGAUGGCGCUCCCUGGCCCGCUGUCCCCGCAGUGACGCCCAGCCUCUGUGCGGUCCCACAUGUGUCACCCCAUGGCAGCCCGGGGGGGGCCCAUGGGGGAAGGGCCUCCGGUCCGAGGGGGUUUCAGGUGAGCU